AUAACCAACAAGCGGUGGAACGUAGGUAGUUCUGCACGCAGCUACAAACUUUGCUGGAUUUACGCUGGUUUGUGGCAAAACUCUGGGUAAACAUUAUAAUGAGCCCAAUGCAGUGACCGGGCCCAAAACAAAAGAGCGUUGCAGACAACAUGAAAGAACGCCCACACCAUGUGCUGCUUGGACCCGACCCGACCCGACUGGCCCUACCCAAAAUCGCAGUUCACAGCCAGAGCAGCCACGGAGCACCAAGAGUUCGCGCGGACUGUAGCCAAUUCCCAAUUGCUGCCAUUUCGUUACCCUUUUGCCCAAUUUGCCAAGCAUCAAUGGGGCAACGGGGCGUGGCGGCCGCAUCCUACGGACGGAUAUACAGACAUUGGACCCCUUUCUUUGCCUGUCUUUCAGUUGUACUUUUUUCAAUUACCAAAUCACCAAAAGCAAGCAGAGAUCCGAAAUCCGUUGAGAACUCCAGCGAACGUCGGCGAGCUUCGGCGAAAGAGAGGGCCAAACCCAGUCCAGUCCAGGCCAGGCCAACCAGAGUCGAAACGGAAAUUGGUAAGAGGAGAAAUAAACGAAAAACAACAAGGGACGACAACUGGCGCAAGUGCAAAUGGCUCUAAAGAAAAAAAAAAAAACAAGAAAAAAGCCCCCAACUCUACAGAUCCGAUCCCCCCGGUUUCUUCAGAGACCCUAAGACCCGUGGAGACUUUUGCAGCCCAGCGAACGAGCGCAAGACGAAGACUGGCGAAGAAACCGAAGACGGAAGACAGAAGACUCGGCCGCGGCUUCGGAGCUUCGAAAGCCCCCAUAUAAUAAUAAUAAUACAGCAAGCCCCAGUCGCAAUCUUCAAGUCGCCGUUCGCCGACGAUCAGUUUGAGUUUGGCCGUGGAAGCCGCCAGUUCGGUGUCGCGUUGCUCAGUUGCUCAGUUGCACCAGUUGCCCAGUUCCUAAUGCUAUAUAGCUGAUAUAGCUAUAGCCGAUACCUUGCUAUUCGUACUACGAUUUGUGGCGUGGAACGUGCGUCCAGAUCGGUUCGUGUGUGCCGCCCCGUUCCGUUCGUCGGUCUCUGAAAGCGAAAACUGGCGCUCAAGUUCAGUCAGCGAUUUGUCGGUUUCUAUGCAAAUCAUUACUCGGAAAAGAAACACAUAUAACCCAGAGACGACAGAGUCGGGGACAGAGCCGCCGUAACAACAAAAGGCAGAAAAAGCCAGAAAAAAGAGCGUGCUAUUUUUAUUUUGCUAAAUGUCGACUCGAGGCUCACGUCGCCGGAGCAGAGCCAAAGUCUCCGUUUCAACUGGCGAGAGACUGUAACCCGAGUCGCGGUUCGCGCAAAAAAAAAAAAUAAAUACAAAAAAAAACAAAAUCGCAGAAGAAAAAAAAACCAACAGACAAACAGAAACAGAUUGUAUCUGUAUCUAUAGUCGCGACUUGCGGCUCGUUUUGUGUGCGCACAUUCGUGUAUCUGUAUCUGCCGCCGAGCGCAAAAAAGUAAUCAUAAACUGGAAGGGAAAGAAAAACAAAUAAAUAAUAAAAGAAAAAAGAAAAGAGUGCCGCUCCCCAGCAUCCGAGGAGUACUUCAACUGAUACCGAUUGAUAGAUACCGCCCCCAACUGCCGGCCAAGGCGUAGUGAUUUGUGAAUCAGCUGAGUCGGUUUUUCGGCGGCGACUGCGGUGUGGGAGGAUCGAUCCCCCCAGAGAUUUGGAUCUAGAAGAAGGAAGUGGCUAGAUAGCGCAGCUAAUUGAGAAUCCAUCAAGUUCGCGUAGAAUGGCUCUCCGCUUAGAUUAUCGUUGCUUACUGGAUGCCUUCGAGGAUUACUACUACCACAAGGAGAUCCAGCGUUUGGUCGCCGAAACCGCUGGAGGGGCUACAGCAACAUCUCCCGCCUCAUCCGCCUCCUCGACGGCCUCCAUCUCAUCUGCAUCCUGCUCGAGUGGACCCUCCACUUCCUCCAACGCCUCGUCCGCGGCCAGUUCGCACGGUUCGUUGGCCCAGGUGGCUACUGCCCGAGCGGCCGCUGCUCUGGCGGACCAACAAGCACUGGCCAGCCAGAGGGCGAUGUUCUACAAUGUCCAGCAUCCUCAGCAGCUGGAGCAGCUGCAUGCGUUGCAGGCGGAGUCCGGCAAUCAGCAGAUGCAUCCGCAGGCGAACGCCGAUCCCAACGCCUCCUCCAUGGCCAACAGUCUACUCUGGCAGCCAUGGCGAGAUCUCCAGCAGGCGGCCGCCAUGCAUCAUCAGCUCUACAGGCAGCAGCAGCAGCAGUUGCAGUUGCACUCAGAGAUGCGUGCGACGUCCAAGGUGCUGACCACCACCAAGUGGCGACGCGAGCGGCGUCAGCGGAGUGCCGGAUACCAGCCGCACGAGGCAGGCAACAGCGAGAGGGAGCGGGAACGGGAACGGGAUCGGGACCGAGAGGAUCGCGACAUGGACAGUCCCAUUGACAUGUCGGUGACGACGGGAGCUCUGAAGCAGAGAGCCUCACCGCCGCCUCCCUAUCGCGAACCCUUGCCUGGGACCAACUACGCGGCCAACAGCCGACCCAGCGUCAUUACCCAGGCUCCACCCAAGCGAGAACCACCGGAGCAGGCCCACUCUACAGAUAUGGCGAUGUGCGACAUUGACGAACACUUCCGACGCUCACUGGGCGAGAACUAUGCUGCCCUGUUCGCCAAGAAGUCACCGACGCCUACGCCAACACCCACGCCCUCGCCAAGUGGUACUCCCAAGCAGCAGGUUUCGCCGCUGGCCUACGGACUGCCUUCAUCAACCAGCACAGCGGCAUCGCAGCACUACCAGCAGCAACGCUCGCCGCUGGCCAAGUCGGGAUGGGCCAUUCUGGAGCCCGAAUCGCUGCAGCCGGAACUGCCGCCGCCGCAGGAGGAACCGCUUCCCCUGUCGCUGGCACUGCAUCGCACCCAAACGCCGCCAUCGCCGCCACCUUCGGCCACGGGAUCGGCACCAGCGCUACCCACGGCCGUCAGCCAGGUGAUGGAGGCAGCGGUGGCGGGCAGGCGGAUCCUGGACACGCCACACCACACGCCGCCGAGAUACAACACGCCACCGCCUCCACCGCCGGCUUAUGGAAUAGCCGGAACCACCGUAGUGGCGCCGACUUUGACACCGACUCCAACUCCGAAUCCGACGCCAUCGCAGAUUCCCACGCCCACGCCCAGCAUGCCGGCCAUCAUUCGGGUGAAGGCUGAGCCGGGACUGGCGGCCGUGGCUGCCUCCUCGACGCAAACGCCGCCCGCUUCGCCCACCUCGUCCACGAAUAUCUCGAUAUUCACCAAGACUGAAGCCUCGGUGGACGACCACUUUGCCAAGGCGCUGGGCGAAACCUGGAAGAAGCUGCAGGGCGGGCACAAGGAGUAGAGGAGGAGCAAGCGAGCAAAGCACCCACCAACCCGCACACCACCCGAUCCCGAUCCCAAUCCCCAACAGAACUCAAAACAACCCAACCCAAAAGCAACCCUGAUCCUCAACGAUCCAACUCAAGAGCUGUUUUUAUUAUAAAUAUUUCAAACUACACAAUUAACGUUUAAAGAUCUCAUGCUGAUGUGAACGGAAAUUCUUCAACUGCGAGUGUAUUACAAGUUUCUGAUAUAAUGAUUUUAUUGAAUAUUGAUAACGGUUAGCGCGCGGAUAUAAUUAUAUAUAUAUAUAUGAAUAUUUACAUAUAUAUGGAUAAAUGUGUAUGACAAAGUGUAUACGUACAAGUGACAAAAUUUUGUAUUCUUAACGCUUAGUUGGUAGAGACUAAUCCUUAAUAAUAUACCUAUUAAACAUAAGUAAACAAUCCUAAAAA